AUGGGAUCAUCAGCCUAUUCACCUUUGGAUCAGCUCAUGCAAGUGAAUCCACACAGGAAGACUGGAAUCAGGAGGAGGAAUCAUGGAAGACCUCACAGCGUUGAAGAUGAGCCAGAAGUGCCUCAGCUGUGCUGGCUUACUGUAAAGAUUGUAAGCAUGAGAAAUCUCUGCAAAGCAGAUCUCUUGAGCCAAACUGACUGUUAUGUCAAGCUAUGGCUGCCAACAGCUUCGUGUCAGGGAGGCCGGACAAGAACUGUGCCCAACUGCAGAAACCCUGUCUGGAAUGAAACUUUCCACUUCAUCAUCCAAAGGGAAGUAAAGAAUGUCCUGGAGCUGACAGUCUGUGAUGAGGAUACUCUGACAGCUGAUGAUCAGCUUUUCACUGUUCGCUUUGACGUCGCCAAACUCCAACCUGGAGCAAAAGUUCACCUGAGUUUUGAGUUGAAUCCAGAGACUCAGGAAGAACUAGAAGUAGAAUUGCUACUGGAAAACAUUCCAGGUGCAUCUGAGAACAUCACUACUAACGGCGUACUGGUGUCUCGUGAAGUUUGCUGUUUGGAAGUACAUGUAGAUGAGAGAAAAACGAAGAGCCCUUACACAAGGAGACAUUUCACAUUCACAAUGAAAGGAUCCUAUGAAGGAACCCAGGAUGUUUCCCCAAGUCCUCUCUGCAGCCAGGGAAGCAGUGGAACCACCACAUUCCACUACAUCAAGCACAGCCAGCCCAGGCUGCACAUGACGUUGCCAGAAGAGUCUUGUUUCUGUGAUCAUGGCUCAGCCAGGAGGGAAAUGGAUGUGUCUGUGCCUCUUCCUUCUCUGGCCUUGGGAAAGACAGUGACAGUGAUGAGAUGUGGCUCUUACGAGGUGUCUGUGAAGGAAGAAGAUGGUGGUAAGAAUUCAGAUGUGAGGUUGGGGUUUGAUCUAUGCCCAGAGGAGCAGGAUUUCAUCUGUAAAAGGAAGAAAGUUGUUGCUGCUGCCCUGAAGAAUAUUCUUCAUCUAGAUGAAGACCUGCAGGAGGAUGAGGUGCCAGUGGUAGCAGUUGUGACCACAGCAGGGGGAGUGAGGUCCAUGACAGCUAUGUUUGGCAGCCUUCUGGCUCUCCAGGACUUAGGAGUUUUGGAUUGUGUCUCAUACAUCAGUGGUUUAUCUGCCACAACAUGGACCAUGGCAAAGGUCUAUGAAGAUGCAAACUGGUCACAGAGGGAUCUCAGAGGGCCAAUUGAUGACAUCAGGAAAUGUGUGGUCAAGAGCAAGCUGCACUGUUUCUCUUUGGAUCACAUGAAAUACUAUGAGAAGGAGCUUUGUGAAAGAAAGCAAGAGGGGCACAAGCUGUCUUUUACAGAUUUAUGGGGACUGUUCAUUGAUUGUAUGCUGCAUCAUCAGGAAAGCACUCAGAAACUCUCUGAUCAGCAAGUGGCUUUAAAGCAGGGGCAGAACCCAUUGCCCAUAUACCUGUCCCUCAAUGUCAAGGAUGACUUCAGCACUCUAGAUUUCAAAGAGUGGGUGGAGUUCACACCGUAUGAGGUGGGCUUCCUGAAAUAUGGGGCCUUUGUUCCUUCAGAGGCUUUUGGCAGCGAGUUCUUCAUGGGUCACCUGAUGAAGAAGCUCCCAGAGUCCCGCAUCUGCUUCUUGGAAGGCGCGUGGAGCAAUAUAUUUUCCCACAGUUUUAUGGAUGCUGUCCACCUCCUGGGUCAUUCUGAGGACUUCUGGCACAGAUGGACCCGAGGCACUGAGCGUGACGUUGAGGAACAUCCCACUCUGCCCAAGAGGCCUUAUGAGCAGCCAACUUGCUUAUCCAUUCCCAAAGGCUGCCUCUCUAACACCCUUCGAGAAAUGUUGACUGCACGGCCGGUGGUUUCAACUUACCAUAAUUUCCUCAAGGGCUUGCAGCUGCACAACAAGUACUUAGAGAAUGAGAGAUUUUGCAUGUGGAAAGACACAGUGCUGGAUUCUUCCCCCAACCAACUGGGUGAAAUGGGUGACUACCUCAAGCUGGUAGAUACAGCUUUCUUCAUCAACACCAGCUGCCCACCCAUUCUGAGGCCAGAGAGGAAAGUGGAUGUCAUUUUGCAUCUGAGUUACAACGGAGGAUCCCAGACUCUGCCACUGGACCUGUUGUCAGAGUACUGCUCGGAGCGUGGGAUCCCAUUCCCUGACGUGCAGCUGAGCCAGGAAGAGCGGGAUCACCUGAAGGAGUGCUACAUGUUUGACCACAGCUCAGAGGCACCAAUCUUGGUCUAUUUCCCUCUGGUGUGUGACACUUUCCAAAAAUACAAAGCCCCCAAUGUGGAACGUGACCCCACAGAGAUGGAGCAGGGAAGGGUAGAUGUAUCCAACUGCACUGCUCCCUAUGGCACUGGUCUGCUUACAUACACUGAAGAGAAUUUCAACAAGUUGCUGAACCUUUGCAGCUACAACAUCCUGAAUAAUAACCAUGUGAUUCUUCAAGCUCUGCGUGCUGCGGUGGAACGAAAGAAGCGACUCAAGAGCUCUUCAUCACCUCACUCCUCUAAACUCCCUUCAAGUGUGUUUUGA